CUCCUCUCCUCCCGGACUAGGAGAGACAUCCCCAGACAGAGCUUGGAGGCUUCGAAACCAUGCUUUUCAUUUGGGCUUUGGCUUUUAUUUUAGUGCUUCAGGAGCAAGAUUUUUCAGCUGCUGCAGAUCCUGUCAGCAUACCACCUGGAAGUUCAGGGAGGAGCGACUGGUGCAAUGAACACAACACAAUCCAUAGGCGCUUAGAUGUGAUCGAAGAGCAGGUAGAGAAAACAGUCGAGUAUCUAGAGUCAGAAGUGAAGACGUUACUGAAGGACAUCAGUGAAACAGCAUGGAGUGCUCCAAUCGCUCCUGGAAUCCCCCUCAUGGACAUUUUUGAUGAUGCCAGCUGAGCACCAGGACAAUGGAAGAGAACAGAAUUUAAUAAUAUUCCUAAGUAUGGCUGUCUUAGACAGUUGCACUUUGUUGCUUUAAUAAGCCUUGUAGGAUUUCUAGAGAUUGAAGAGGGAUGAAGAACACUGAGAAGACAAUUACUUUGCAUUUGUGCUUUUUAAUAAAAAGAAUUGCUUUUCAGA